UCUGUUUCAUAUUAUUUGCAGUCCUGCUUUAUCUGGGUCACUCCCUCCCCAGUGUUCUUCCCUCUCUGUUAUCCCCGAGAACUGAGAGCUGAUUGUAGCCAGUGCUCAGUUCCAGCCUGUCAUCCCACAGACCCUGCCAGCUGCCCUAAAACCCCGCUCAGUGUUCCUAGAGAAGCCAUUCUCUCUUCAUCCCCUCUGAAAAGACCCCGAAUCUGUCAGCAGCCCUAAAUCCCGUGUUUGUGGAGCCUGCAGUGUCCCACCCCAGCUCUUCCCUUUAGCAGUCACAGCACAAAGCAGCGGAUCAAAUGCAUCCCGGAGGAUUUUGGAAUAUCCCACAGCUGCCCUAAAGCUCUGGUGGGGGGAUGGAAAUGUGUUUGUUAUCCCGAGGAGCAGGGAGAACAACAGAGCGUGAAGCUGAAAAGGCAAGGGGACUGGACAGGCAGAACCGGAUUAUUCAAAGCAGAAUUAGGGCUGUACGGCGCUGGAAGCGCUCCCGUGACGGCUGAAAAGCCCCAAAAUGCGGGUUGGAGCAGCCAGGCAAGGGCAGCAGCGAGGGGCGAGCAGCGCUGGAUGCUGCAGGAAUGUCCCGGUCCCCUCGUGAUUGGCUGCGGGAUGCCGGAGUCAGUUUUCACGGGGGCCGAUCAAAAAGUUCCCUCGGCUCUCCAAGGGCUCUGUCUGAGCGCAGGGAUCGGCUGCAUUCCUCGGGAAAAGCUUCCUUGGGAUGAGAGGGCUUCUCCCGGCGAGGAGAGGCGGAGGGCAGAGCCGCGCUGCUGCUCCCCGGCCCCAGCCCGGCUCCGGCAGCCGUCCCCUCGGGCAUGCUGCUCAUCCCUGAGCGCACCAUGUCUCAGUUCCCCACCAGCUUCCUGCUGCUGCCCAUCCCGGAGUAUCCUGCCUUGGACUGCGCGCCCAACAAAAUCAUCAAGCUGGUGGUGCUGGGAGGCAGCGGCGUGGGCAAGACAGCCCUGGUUGUUCGCUUCCUCACAAAGAGAUUUAUUGGGGACUAUGAAGCCAACACGGGUGCUUUGUAUUCCAGGAAGUUCACCAUAGAUGGGGAGCAGAUCUCUCUGCAGGUGCAGGAUACUCCCUUUGUCUCACUGGAGGAUGACACGGACAGCAUCUGCUGCCAGGAGCAGAUAAACCGCUCCAUCUACUGGGCCGACGGCUUCGUGUUCGUCUAUUCCAUCACGGACUACGAGAGCUUCCGCCUGCUGCGGCCGCUGCACCAGCACAUCCGCAGGAUCCACCCCAACGCCAACAUCCCCCUGCUGCUCGUGGCCAACAAGGGGGACCUGCUGAGGGCCAGGCAGGUCUCCUCCAAGGAGGGGCUGCAGCUGGCCUCGGAGCUGGGCGGGACGUACAGCGAGGUGUCGGCGCGGGAGCACGGCGAGGGCGUGCACGAGGCCUUCCAGCAGCUGUGCCAGGAGCUGAGCAGGAGCAGCAGCAGCUGCAACGGGGAGAAGAGGAGAGGGCUGCACCUCGUCAGGCCCAAGUCGCCCAACAUGCAGGACUUGAAGAGGCGCUUGAAGCAGGCUCUGACUUCCAAAGGCAAAUCCGCCACCACGCUCUGAUGCGGUCGCUCAGGAUUCGUGUUUCGGAGCUCUGGGUAAAAAGGCAGCAGGCUGGGAAAAAGGGGCAUCAAUUCACUUACAGGUUGUGAGAGACUCCAGGUUGGGUGAGAGACUCUUUCACAUCUUUCUCCAAAAGCCCCUGCUCAUUCAGCAAAGGAACUCACAGAAUUUGCUCUCCGGGGCAGGGAUUUCGAAACUGUGGUUUAAAAAACGAGAUUGUCCCAAAUUAUUUCCCUUUUUUUUAUCUUUUUCUUUUUUUUUGAAAGAGGGUUUUGUUAAUGAAAUCCUACUUUUAAGAGAUAUGACUUCCUUUGGGAAUGGUUGUGUUCCCAAACACAGGCAGUGACUACAGCAGGACAUGAGGAGAGUGAUGGGAGCUGUACUGAGCAAGAGAAUGGACCAGAUCUGUUUCUUUGCAAGACUGGAAAAUAAAUGAAUUAAUUCAUUUAAAUGAAGAGCAUAAACAGUGAAAAGUAUUAAUUGAAAGAAAGAGUUCUGAGCAGUGGGGAGAGAUUUUUUCAUAUGCAAACUUAAGUCUUACAGUGUCUCUUUAAAGGGAGAUUUUUUUUAAAAAAUCACUAUUUUUUCAGAUUAUUUUUGUUUAAAAGUACAGCGACUGCCUCUGAAAGUGAUUAUUUGGGCAUAAUACAAACUUGUGGCAGCAUUUUGUAGUCAGUUUCUACAUGUCACUUCUCAUUUUUCUGAAGGUUUUUUAAAUGGCAAAAAGGAAAAAUAGAUCAGAGUGGUUUAAAACCUGACACUGAUCAAGAGCAUGGAGGUCACCUAAAAGUCUUAUUUUUUUUAAGUUAGACUUCAAAUUCAAAAUGCUUUUAAAGAAACAAAGCCUUCACACAAAACAUAUUUACAUCAUUAGGUCGGGUGGGGGGUUUUAAGAAGAAAAGGUUUUAUGAUGCCUGAAAUGCUUGGCUUGGGGAAUUCAUUAUUUUGUUGUUUGAGUUAAACCCUGAACAGCUCCCAGAGCAUCCCAGCCUGUCAGGACACAUCCCAGCAGCAGAGUCUGCUUGUGCCUCAGCACGUCCAAGGAUUUGGGCUGUAUCCCAUCAAGUGAUUUCUGGAAACAAUAAAACACCACAGAGUUCCCAGCACUCUGUUCUCAGUGAGAGUGGGGAGCCAAGGGCUUGGACCAUGUCAAAUCCAUGAUGCACCAACCUCCUCUUCAAACAGAGCAGAUGAAGAAUUCAAGGACCAUGAAAUGAAGUCAAGCUCAGUGAUUUAUACUCAGGGACACUGGAGGGAAACCCGAGUUUGAUGGAUAUGGAGAAACACUCCCAGCUGCAGUUUCAUCUGGCAAGACUGAGCUAAAUCAACCUUUUCCUCAUUAGGAGCAGCAAAAAUGCAAAUAGAGCCUGAUGAGUAUUUGUACAGCUCAGGGCUUUAAAAUUGUAUUUUUCAAUUCCCUAUAUUAGACAGCUCUAGCCAUGAUUUUAUCACCUGGAUUUGCCUUAUCUCCAGCUCACUUUCUGUUUUAUUUAUUGUUCUCCACAGCUGCUCAUCUGAGCAUGUCUUGUGUUCUGAUUCAUUUAAGAGUCUUCCAUUGCCACAAAUGCCCUGCACCUGGUUUUAAAUUCAGUUUCAAGUGGUAGUAGGAGGGGAAAAGUUGGAUCAUCCAUAAAGGGACUCAAAUUAUAUCAGGGAAUUUUUACUUUGGCUUAUGCUUGAUUAACAAUUUAAUGUUUGAGCAGUGUCAUUAAUCAUCCCAGGCACUUUGGAAUUUCAUUGUUUUAAAUUAAUAAUAACACAGCUCAAAUAUUGAAUGUAAAAAUUCAAUAGCUCAAAUAUUGAAUGUGAAGAUUCAAUAACUCAAAUAUUGAAUCUAGAGAUUCAAUGGCUCAAAUAUUGAGUCUAAAGAUUCAAUAACAAGAAAUAGAGCCGUAUGCAAGACACACAGAAACUGAAGUAUUUUUGUAUUGGAAAAGUGAUCACCAAUUUUGAAAAGCAAUUAACAAUUUUGCCACUCAAGUACUGUAUAACAAGGGCUAGAUUUGCUAAUGACAAUUUGCUGACAUUGGUCUGAAUUUGUGCUCCAGCUUGGUAGAUUUGUUUGAAACUUCCUUCAGCUCAAAUCUUUUCUGAUUUGGGAAGAAAUGUCACCAAAAUUCAAACCUGUCAAUGUUUUAGUUUUGUUAGUGUUUAAUAAAAACAUGCAAGGUC